ACUUCGAAAGAUUUUCGUAUAACAACCAGUGGAGUGCAGCCGUCAAGACCCAACUGCUACCGGUUGCGCGUUCGGUCACUCAAGAUGCCUCAUUUUUUUGUUUACAAGAAGACCAUCCUGGCAGGACUCUCGGCAAUCAUAUUCAUUUUAGCCACAUUUCAGUUGAAGUUCUCAUUGAGCAAAGUCCCAUCAAACCUUCCGAUGUACGGUGCAGUACAACAUGCACAGGAUACUGAAGUGCACAUACACGGAAAUGUGCAAGCAAGAGGAGACGAUGCUGUCUUGCAUCCACUGCAGCCUGGGUACCUCUUAGGUGAUAAGGAGCCACUUUCCCUCCAUCACAUUCAAAUGGAAAGUCUCGUUCGUGACCUCCGCAACUUCUUGGUGUCGUCAUUUCACUCUUCUCUGAUGAAGAGUAAAAAUGCUGCAGCUAUUGUUUCCAAGUCUAGAGAGUUUUUAAGAGUGUUGGAAAUAAAGCUCGACGUGACGAAGACGCUGGAUGGUGCCCAGCAAAUGGUAGAUACAAGCUUGAAGGCAUUGCAAGCCCUUGUUCAAAGAACUAUCCACACCCUGCAGCAUCCAGUGGACUGCGAAAAGGCCCCAAAGCUACUGUGCACUUUGGACAACCCCUGGGGCUUCGCGGCGGGUAUGCACGAUGUUCUCUGGUGUUUCGUUGCUGCCCUUCGGAUGGGUAGGACAGUCAUUCUGGAGAGCUCCAAGUGGCAUCAUGCCCCAGGCAGUGACUGGUCAAAAACAUUCGUCCCAAUUGCCAGUAUAACAUGCACAAAUGUCAGCUUGGCUGGUGCUGUAACAGGCUAUCCAGGAUACGAUUCUUCACCAAAAGAGAGGAACAAGAUACUGGACCUGCCUUUGACCGUUGCAGACACCCUGGUGGCCAACCAUGGCACCCCGUAUGCAUGGUGGUAUGGACAGAUUAUGGCAUACAUUCUGAGGCUCCAGGAUUCCACACGAAGGAAGAUUGACAUGUUUAAGAGGGCCCACGAUUUUGAACACCCAAUUGUGGGAAUACACAUAAGGCGGACGGACAAAUUGCGGGAGGCUGCAUAUCAUGAAACGGAGCAGUACAUGUCACACGUGGUGGAGUUCUACCUGAAGCUAUCUCUUACGAGGCCUCUGACGAAAAGGAGGGUCUUUGUCGCCACAGAUGAGCCAAUGGUCAUUACACAGCUGGAAGAAAGGUUUCCGAAAUACACAUUUAUCUACGACAAAGCAUCUGCUGAAGAGGCUCACAAUGAGACAUCUCGGUCUUCAUCCUCUGCUCUGUUUGCCAUAGUUCGAGAUGUCUACCUGUUGGCUGAGUCUGAUUUCCUUGUCUGCACCUUUUCAUCAGGGUUUUGCAGGGUUGCCUUUGAACUGAUGCAGACCCUCCACAGUGAUGCAACUUCACGUGCUGUUUCCGUGGACAUAGACUAUUUCUACGCCUACGUUCCCUUCCCGCCAAGCAAGGCUUUGUUUCACAACUGGGCUCACCUUGAUAGCGAGCUUGACUUCGAUAGAGGGCAGCUCAUUGAGAAGCCAGAGACUUUCAGUGCUUUGCAUGAAGCUGUAGGCAAAGAGUUCUACGAUGGCUACCAGCAAGGCAGGAUACUGGGCUCGACAAAAGUAGGAAAAUAUCCUACGUACAAGACAGCACAGACCUACAGGGUCGUGGAAUAUGCAGCGUUUAACACUUCCCAUAGAUGAGUUAUGCUUCAUGUCACACAUUUUACCCUUAAACCUUUUGUAAGAAAGUAUUUUGACGAUAUACAAGAGAAAAAAAAAUAAAUGUUGGCUAUGAGACCCA